AUGGGUUGUUUUGGAGUGAAGCUUUGCUUCUGCCUUGUGCUCACCUUGACCGUUCUUGCCUCUGCAUCUCCUAACACCAUUCCACUUUCAGGGGACGAGGUUGUGUUGGCAGCCGAAGGAAGGUCUCUAAUGGCAAGCACCGAAGAUUACAGUGAACCAUCGGCAAAUCGUGGCCAUGAUCCUCCUUCAAGGACUAGAGGUCGUAGCGGCAAAAAUGGUGGUGGCCGCAGAAGUCGAAUGGAUUAA